GAACACUAAACUUCUAUAAAUGAGGGAGCAUGCAUGAAAAACUAGAAACAAAACAAACGAAAAAUGCAAGUUUUAAUAGUUGCAUCCCUAGCCUUUCUAGCGGCAUGGCUCGUCUACUCAAGGUGGUCGGACUCCCGGCGGCGGCGGGGAGGAGGAGGCUCGCUCCCCCCGGGGCCGCCUCGUCUGCCCAUCAUCGGCAACAUGCACCAGCUCGGCCCAAACCCGCACAAGUCCCUCGCCCACCUCGCUAAGACAUACGGCCCCUUGAUGUCCCUCAAGCUCGGGAAUCAACUCGCCGUGGUGGCCUCGUCGCCGGAGAUGGCGAGGGAAGUCCUCAUCAAGCAAGGCGUCGCUCUAUGCCGGCCCUUCACUCCCAACGCCGUGUGCAUCCACGGCCACGGCGAGGUCUCCGUGCUCAUGCUGCCGGCCACCUCCAACAUAUGGAAAAGAAUCCGCCGCAUCGCCAGAGAGAAGCUCUUCUCCAACCCCGCUCUCCAAGGCACCCAAGACAUCCGGCGGGAGCGGCUGCGGAAGCUCACCGACUACGCCGCCGGCUGCAGCCGCGAGGGCCGCGCCAUGAACGUCGGAGAGGCCACCUUCACCACCAUGUCCAACCUCAUGUUCGCCACGCUCUUCUCGAUCGAGCUCACCGAAUACGGCGCCUCGGACGCCGGAGCUAAUCGGAAAUUCAGGGAGCAUGUUAACGCCAUCACCACCAACAUGGGCGUUCCCAACGUCGCAGAUUUCUUCCCCAUCUUUGCACCUUUGGAUCCGCAGGGACUCAGACGAAAGCUCACUCAUCACCUCGGGAGCCUGCUGGAGUUGGUGCAGAACCUCAUCGACCAGCGAUUGCAAGCACGAGACUCCUCCGAUUACCGAAAAAAGAAGGAUUUUCUCGACACCCUCCUAGACCUCUCCCAAGGAAAUGAGUAUGAUUUGAGCAUUAAAGAAAUCAAGCAUUUCUUUGUGGACAUAAUCAUCGCAGGAUCGGACACCAGCGCAGCCACGGCGGAGUGGGGAAUGGUGGAAUUACUACUCCACCCCGACAAAUUGGAGAAGCUGAAAGCAGAGAUGAAGAGCGUGGUCGGAGAGAAAAGCAUCGUGGAGGAAUCCGACAUCGCGAGGCUCCCGUACCUGCGAGCCACCGUGAACGAAGUGUUCCGGCUUCACCCGGCGGCGCCUCUCUUAGCCCCCCACGUGGCGGAGGAGGAAGCGCGAGUGAAUGAAUACAUAAUCCCCAAAGAUACAAAAGUAUUCGUCAACGUUUGGGCGAUCACGAGAGAUCCCAGCAUAUGGAAGAAUCCGGAUAGCUUUGAGCCGGAGAGAUUUUUGGAAAGCGACAUAAAUUUUGAGGGGCAGCAUUUCGAGCUGAUUCCGUUCGGGUCGGGGCGGAGGAGUUGCCCCGGGAUUCCGCUGGCUAGCCGCAUGCUGCACUGCAUGGUGGGGACCCUGUGUCAUAACUUCGACUGGGAGCUUGAAAAAGGGGCGGAAUCCAAACAACUCCAAAGACAAGAUGUGUUUGGGUUAGCGCUGCAGAAGAAAGUUCCUCUCAAAGCUAUUCCCGUCAAGGUUUAGUUGAUUAUAAUAUUAUUUGAUGAUUACAUCAUAUAUGAGUUGUGUGAAUGAUAUCAAAUAAAUUGGAUAAAUCUUCUUGUGA